UAAUCGAUCAGUAUAGUUCAUCUGAUAUAUAGAGAAGCUACAUGCGAUACAAAGCAUUGAGUGUUUUAGAACUAAACAUCACAAUGUAAUUGAAACGUUUCAGUUAAUGGACUCAGGCAGCAUUGUACUGGCUUCCACUGUGACUACUUAAGUGUUCCCGUAUAGCGUGGCGCAGGCAGCUGGGUUAGCUAUAUGCGUUCUGUGAAUGUGAUGUUCUCGUACUUGAGUUACGUAUAGGUUAGCAAGUGAGAUUUGAAGAAAAAAGGAAGGAAGGAAGAUUAGGGUUUAACAGCACGUGGAUGCCGAUGUCUUAGAGACGGAAGAUUUCAAGAGUUGGAUGUAAAAGCGUUUCAGUUAAUGGACUCAGGCAACAUUGUACUGGCUUCCACUGUGACUACUUAGUGUUCCCGUAUAGCGUGGCCCAGGCAGCUGGGUUAGCUGUAUGCGUUCUGUGAAUGUGAUGUUUUCGUGCUUAUGUAUAGGUUAGCAAGUGAGAUUGAAGAAAAAAGGAAGGAAGAUUAGGGUUUAACAGCACGUGGAUGCCGAUGUCUUAGAGACGGAAGAUUUCAAGAGUUGGAGGUAAAAGGAUAUAUUAAUCGAUCAGUAUAGUUCAUCUGAUAUAUAUAGAGAAGCUACAUGUGAUACAAAGCAUUGAGUGUUUUAGAGCUAAACAUCACAAUGUAAUUGAAACGUUUCAGUUAAUGGACUCAGGCAGCAUUGUACUGGCUUCCACUGUGACUACUUAAGUGUUCCCGUAUAGCGAGGCGCAGGCAGCUGGGUUAGCUAUAUGCGUUCUGUGAAUGUGAUGUUCUCGUACUUGAGUUAUGUAUAGGUUAGCAAGCGAGAUUUGAAGAAAAAAGGAAGGAAGGAAGAUUAGGGUUUAACAGCACGUGGAUGCCGAUGUCUUAGAGACGGAAGAUUUCAAGAGUUGGAUGUAAAAGCGUUUCAGUUAAUGGACUCGGGCAACAUUGUACUGGCUUCCACUGGUCAUACUUCCAAGGGUAAAAAUGGGUCAAAACCAAUCCAUAAUGGUAAUGACCAAAUUGCUGCAAGUGCAGAAGAUAGCAGUGAACAGACACAGCAGUUUCAGUUAGAAUUGUACUGGUGUAUUCGGCAGUUGGAGGCAGUGCUUCAUACAGAUAAAAUGACUCCAAGGCAAGCUCAAGAUGCCAGUCGCGCGUUGAAUGUACUAAAGAGCAAAACUGCACCUUUAAUAAAAAAACGCCAAGUGAUGAGGACAACAUUUGGUGACUACAGAGUCAAAAUGUCUGAGGAGGAAAAGCAAUUUAACAAGACAAAAACACAGCUGAGAGUGGCUGCUGUAGCACCAGACAAAAAGUCUCAUUUUUUCAAAAAAUGUUCUUCAUUGUCCAGCAGUACAACAACAAAUGCUAAAGAAGAAGAGAUGGACAACUGUGAUGAGACAAAAUGUACUGAAACCUCCGAAGACAUAAAAAAUAUAUAUGAAGCAUUAAAUGGAAGCUGUUUCAGAUUCAACUUUGAAUGACAGGUUUAUGUAAAAUUUUGUGAUGUCAUCAACAAUAUUCCAUACAUAAAUACACAUUUUAUUUGAAAUAUCCUUUGUUUAUUGGACUUCCAAUUCUGUAAAUAAAUUUUCUAUGGAAAUUUA